GCCGCAAUCGCUGCCUGCGAGCGGGCAUCGCGUUGGACAGCUGCUCUGAGCCUGCUGCGGCGUGGAGGAAGCCUUCCAUCCUGGAAUACCGCCAUGAGCGCCUGUGAGAAAGCCGGCUUAUGGCAGCUCGCCCUGCUUCUCUUCUUGCAGCUGCCUGACUACCGUCUCUCCCCAAGCGGAGUGUCGUACAACACUGCCAUCUGCGCCUGUGAGAGGGAAGGCCUUUGGCAAGACGCUCUCUUCCUACUGUCUCAACGACGAGAGCUUGAGGAGGCUGACAACAUCGCUGUGGGAUCAGCAGUCAGUGCCUGUGCCAAGGCCGCUCAGUGGGAACGGGCUGUGGCCAUGGUUCUGAAGCCAUGGGACCUUGCAGUCCUUUGGAGUGGUCUGGUAGACUCCAGAUGCUGCUCAGCCGCCCUUCUCGCCUGUCAGAAGGUCUCCAAGUGGCUCCAAGCUCUGGACCUCUUCAGGGGCUACCCGGCCGCCUCGGAGGUGGUCCGACACCCGGAGCCGGCGGACUUUGCCUUCGCUGCUUCUGCCUGUGAUGAAGUGCACCACGCUGGCCCGGCGUCGGAGAUACGGCAUGCGCUGAGCCAGAGCCGUGUACUGCGGAGGUCAACCGCUGCGCUGGAUGCUGUCAUUGCGAUGGAUACAAUAGCAGCUGGCGACUCCUGUGGUGAGCUGCUACGAGGUAUGCUGCUCAACUGGAGGCGCGCGGACUUCAUUUGGGACAAGCUUGUGAGCAACCUUGCGGUUGAGCCCAACCACAUCUGCUACGUGGCCUAUGCAAAGGCACACCUUUUGGCGGCCGGGCCCACCGUAGCCGUUCGGAUUUUGGAUCGUAUGAGAAAGGCGGGUUUGGGUUCGGGCAAUGGACAAGCAUCUGUUCUGCAGCUGCAAUGCUUGCUACUCCUUUGCCAUUCCAGCCCGACAGAGUCUCACCUCUCUGACCUGGCGACUUUCUUGGAAGGAUCCGCUGGGCUCAACGUCACGGGCUCGGGACGCCUGCUGGAAUCGGAAUGGCGUCAACUGCGGAACUCUGCGACUCAACUAAGUUCAGAGCCGUCGUCUCUGACCCUCCACCAGCUUCUCGUGCUGUACCACGUGAAACGGCGAAGCCUGAUGACGACCUGGCCUGACUAUGCGGCCGGGUUGGAGUACCUCUCGAGCCAGAGUUCCGAAGUGAAGCCGUGA